AUACAAUUUCUGCUGAUUAUGAACUCCACGCAACCGGAACCAGUGGAUCAGCAUGCACUCAAUAGUUGAACAUCUCAGUCACACCACUGUAGCAUAAGGCUGCAAUUUGUUUAAGUUUCAGCCUGCACAGUCUUAGUUUCUUUUUUUUUACGUGGCAACGUUUUAAUCAUCUUCCUUGAGGGCAGAGAGCAAUGUGCAGAGCUUAUCGAGGAAGAUGAGUUUCUUGUUGCCAAAGCUUACAACUAAGAAAGAUGUGGAUCACGUCAUCAAGACCACAGAGGAUGUGGUUCUAGUCCUUCGGUUUGGUCGAGAUGCUGAUCUGGUGUGCAUGCAGCUUGAUGAUAUACUUUCCAAGACUGCUCAUGAUGUCUCCAAGAUGGCCACCAUCUACUGCGUGGAUACAGAGUGUGUCCCCGUUUAUACCCAGUACUUCGAUAUCACCCUGAUUCCAGCCACCGUGUUCUUCUUCAACGGGCAGCACAUGAAGGUGGAUUAUGGAACUCCUGACCACACUAAAUUCAUUGGAAGCUUCAAGACAAAGCAGGAUUUCAUAGACCUGGUGGAGGUGAUCUACCGGGGAGCCAUGAAGGGCAAACUGAUGGUCACCUCUCCCAUCGAUAGCCGCAACAUCACGCAGUAUGAGCUGCUCUAUCAGGAUAUAUGAGGAUCAGGGGAACAUCAGCAAAGAUGAACCCUGUGGCCAAGGCCGAGGCCAAGCCGAGGACUGAGACUUUGAGGGCAGAAAUGCUUGCCAGACAAUCUCCAGCCAGGUCCACCAGUCUUUAGCUAAUAAAAUUCUCUGAAAUUUCAGCUGGCCAAAGAAGAGGGCUCGAGGUAUGCCAGACGGCGCAUUUUAAGGUCAAAAUUUCAAAGGGAACUUUCAACCAAUAGUUUGCACCCAAGAGUAAUCCAAGGUGAUCUAAAUUAAGCGCAUAAAGCUAGACUAGUAGCAGAUAUGACUUUUACAAAGGAUUAUUUUACUUGCGUGGACGUGAUGGUGGCAGACAGAGAAGUUGAGAAUAUGAGAUAAGAUGCCAGAAGUUGCUUUUGGCACUUUAAUCAUGCAACACAAAAGAUGUAUGGACUAGUUAUUUCAGAGUACAGAAUGCUUUUGUUUUGGUGCACAAUGUCACUGUCUUGUGAAGUCCUUGCUCAAGUGGUUUACCCUGGGUGUCUACAAGAAUCUCUACAAAUGCAUUCAGGCUAGCUGCACUGUAUAUGGGGAAUUAGGACAAUAUCAGCAAAACCUAUAUGAAAGAGCAUAUUGGUAUCAAGUGUCUACUGACCCAUGCUGAUUUGUGCAUCUUGUGCGAAGUUGUUGAAUAGAAACCACACCAUCUCUGAUGAUUUCAAGUUUAAAGUUUCCGAGAAGAUUAGGUUUCCAUAACCCGAAGAGCAAGGGUGGCACUGGAGUCGUUAAAACUUUGGUCCGCCCAAAAAUGUGUAACUUUUGUGGUGAUGUAUGACUGAAUAAAAUUUACCAAAGAAAUGGAAACCUCA